CUUCCAGCCAUUGGAUCAUGUUCUACCUUUCUCUGCUGGACUGAAGAGCCCAUUAUUAAAUAUUUGUUCUUCCUGUAGGUACUUCUAGACUGUAAUCAAGUCACCCUGAACCUUCUCUUUGUUUAGCUAUAUAGAUUGAGCCCCUUGAGUGUAUUACUGUAAGGCAUAUUUUCUAAUCCUUUAAUCAUUUUCAUGGAUCUUCUCUGAACCCUUUCCAAUUUAUGACCACCCUUCUUAAAUUGAGGACACUGGAACUGGACACAGUAUUCCAGCAGCAGUCACAUCAGUGUCAAAUACAGAGAUAAAAUAACCUCUCUACACCUACUCUAGAUUCCCCUCUUUAUGCACCCCAGGAUCGCAUUAGCCCUUCUGGCCAGUGUUGCCCUGGGAGCUCAUGUUCAGCUGACUAUCCACCAUGACCCCCAAAUCUCUUUGAGUCCCUGCUUCCCAGGAGAGAGCCCCCCCCACAUUCUCUAAUCAUGCCCUGCAGACUUUGUUCCUAGAUGUAUAUAUUUACGUUUAGCUAUAUUAAAAUGCAUAUUGUUUGUUUGUGCCCAGCUUACCAAGUGAUCCAGAUAGUUCUGUAUCAAUGACCUAUUCGCUUCAUUAUUUACCACUCCCCCAAUUUUUGUGUCAUCUGCCAACUUUAUCAGUGAUGAUUUAAUGUUUUCUUCCAGGUUAUUUUUAUUAAUGUUAAAUAGUGUGGGUCCAAGAACUGAACCCUACAGGACCCCACUGGAAACAGAUCUGCUGGAUGAUGAUUCCCCAUUUAUAACUACACGUUGAGACAUAUCCAUUAGCCAGCUUUUAAUCCAUCUAAUGUUUGCCAUGUUAAUUUUAUAGCUCUCUAGUUUUUUAAAUCAAAAUGUCACUUGGUACCAAAUCAAACGUAAGUAUGUUAUGUCAACACUAUUACAUUUAUCAACUAAACUUGUAAUGCCAACAAAAAAGAUAUCGAGUUAGUCUGACAGGAUCUAUUUUCCAUAAACCCAUAUUGAUUAACAUUGAUUAUACUACCUUCCUUAAAUUCUUUGUUAAUAGAUUAAUAAAUUAAUUAGCCCUGGUAAAGCUCCCCCUGUUGGAAACUCACCAGGCUUCUGUGUUUGGGUCCCAUCAUGCUAGACCCUUGUGUUGUAAGUUUCCUGACUCUGAGCAGGCCCCAGCGCUCUCUCUUUCAUUGGCUUCUCUGGCAUGCUCCCUGGAUGCAGGCGCUAUGUCUGUGGCCCCUUCAUGGAAAUGGGACCUUGUGUUCCAGUUACCCUAGGCCCCCAGGAUCAGUGCUGACCCCCACAUAGACAUCCCAGUAGCUAAAGCACUCUUCUCCAGAGCUCUGACCUUACAGGUGUUUGGGGUUACAGUUUACCUCUCCAGGGAAGCGUGAUAGUUGAAGCAUGUAACACAGAUUUUGCAAAAGGCUCCCAAACCAAUCACUGUUCUUUUAGAUAGCUCCAGAGAUGUACAGCUCUUGUCAAAACACUAAAACAUCUAUACUCCAUUCCUGUUUCAGUUUCCUCAGCAUGCUGGAGGGUUCGUCAGGAUUUGGGGCAGUGUCCUCUCAGGAUUCCAAGUCCCCUCUCCUGCACCUCUCUCCUCACGACUUCUCCUCUGCAAUGUGCAGUCUGCUCUCUCCUCCUGCCUGCUUCUUUGACCUUGGCUGGUCCCACAGUCAAAGAAGGUCCCCUCUGCUGCAAAAGCAUCUCUCUCUAUUCCUCUCUCCUGCUCGAACUUCCUCUGUCUCAGAGUCCCUCUGAGUCUUUGGAGAAAAUCACCACCUAGUUUCUUUGUUCUCCUAUUUUUAGAGUUUCCAUUCUCCAAAACCUGCUCCCUUCAGACCAUCUGGGUCAAAUUGGUUCUCCCAGACAAGGCACCCUCCUUAACAUACCCACAAUUUGGGCAGAGACCAGGUAUUAAGGUUAAUGAUUUAUUUUAUUUGUUCUACAGGUUCUUCCAGACCAUGGAAGGAAAGGAAGAGGGGGUGUUAUACAUCUCUGGGACCCUGCCAGACACUCUGAGGCUUUCAGUGAUACAGGAAUUUCAUACAAUUAACCAGAGUUCAUAAGUUGUACAGAGACAGAGUCCCCAAAUCGUCUCAGUUGCAUUUUUCAAGGAAUUUGGCAGCCUCUCAUCUUCCUCUGCACUUGCCAUGGCUGGAGAAAUAGUAUGUGCUGAUUUAAACAUUCCUGGAGCUUUUUCCACUUCAAAGUCACUGCAUCCAUCUCAGCACCCCAAUAUCCCUCAGUGCCCACGCUGGCAUCGGCUGACUCUAUGGCUUGGAUGGGCUGGGAACAUCAUCCUGGUGGCAGCUGUGAUCGCGCUUCGUGUUUGGGGUCAGACUGAAAGACAGAGAACAACAAAUGGAACUGAAUGUAAUUCCAGCCUGAAGGAUUCCCAGUCUUGCUCAAAUCAAAGUUUGUAUCCAAAGCCAAACAACAACUCAACAGAGGGCUGUGAGUGCAAACUGUGCCCCGCUGGCUGGCUGCCGCACAAGAACCAGUGCUAUUGGGUCUCUAAAGAAAGUAAAACAUGGAAUGAGAGUCGUGUGGACUGCUCAGCGAAGAGCUCUCAAAUGCUCGUGAUCCAAGACAAGGAGGAGAUGGCGUAUAUACUGAGUAUUCCACAAUUGAACCUGGUUUGGCUUGGACUCAGUGUUACAUCCCCAGAGAGGAAAUGGACCUGGGUGGACGGCUCCACGUUCAAUAAAACACUGUUCCAGCUAAGAGGAGCUGCUGAAAGGGAGAGCUGUGUGAUGAUCAAAGGGAACCGUGCUAUUUCGGAAACCUGCCUGGCUUUAGCUAAAUGGAUUUGUGAGAAAGUUGCCCUGAAAUAAGCAGUCACACCAAUGAGUUGCACUUGCGUAACUGAAAUAGCAAGUGUCCUUGUUUAUUUUCUAAAAGAAAAACACAUUUGCUAAUUAAAGAAUUCUAAAGCCUCCAA